CCCCUUUGCAAUCGAACCCUAGCCUCUCUCAAACAAUUUUUUCUCCUCUCUAGCCACUAGAUUUCCUUCUCCAACGUGGUUUCCGGCAGUCGGCGUUGCCAAUUUUAGAGAAAGGACGAUAGAAGGCUCAGGGGAAGUGCAAAAUAAAAACGAAUUGCUCUUUUUUGGCAUAGGUUUGCUCCCUUGGAGACUUUCAGUUCCCUACCCCCCUCCCCUCGGGGGUCCUUUUUCUAAAUUCUGUUGCUUUUCUUCUGUUUCCAUGGGCAUAGGAAUUGGUUUUUUCCUGUUCAUUCAAGAGAUUUAUACUUAUUAUUGUUUUGUAUUCAGGGUAUUGCAGGUUGGAUUUCUAUAAGUUAUCUAUGGUUGUAUUUUGUCCAGCGGACUCUUGAAUUUGCUUUGCCUCAAUCUCAUUUUAUGUAAUUUCGACCAUGGCAACGAUGCCAAUGACAAGUUUCUAGAGCAUGUGCAAAAAAUUGAAUGUGAAUGCAGUGUUCCAAGAAGAUAGGUAUGUGACGGAGUCAUAUUGAAGGACAUGGUUCUCUUCCCUUAGUAGAAUCCUCUGUCCUAAUGUAAUCGAAUGCGCUAAGAAGAUGUAUUACUCGCAGAUAGAGCCUCCGAAGUGUAAAUGUUGGAGGCAUAAUUGAGCAGCCAAUGUAUUGAAAAAUUUCUUUUGUGGCCUUGCUGCUGUCGACUAGGAUAUGGUUAUAGCUCUGUAAUAGCAAAUGAUUCAGUAAUAAAAAGCAUUACUAUUAUGCAUAGAAAGGUUGUACCCUUUAUCUAUUUUCAACCUUUUAACUAUGAAAUAGUUCAAAUAAACUGCCUUAUAUGCAGCAGUUGCAACUACAAAGGUUACUUUUCAUUCUUUUGUUUCUCCAAAAAGCAAAGAAACCAUAACUCAGUUGAUAUUUUACCAUAAAUUUAUGAGGUAGUGGAUUUUGAUGUAAUUUCAGAUUAUUAGGCCUUUUUUUGGAAUAAAGAGAGCUAAAUUUUGGUGAAUUUUGCAACUUUUUAUUUCUUUUGAAUUCUUUGGGUUAACAUGUUGGUUAUUUUUCAGUUUUAUUAAUACAUUACUUGUUUCAAUUUUAUGGAGUUUGAUGAUUCAAGCUUGCUUUUGAACUUAGUUUUGUAACAAUGCAAUUCUCUUACCAGCUUACUCACUAUAGAAUUGUUUACAUAAUCAAUUGAAUUGUCAAUGUUGUCCACCAUUUAGAACCUAACCAUGGUUGUCCACUAUACUUAAAGUAAAUUAAAAUACAAUACAAUUGUUAGGCAAUUUUAAGAGUGAGAAUCAUCAUUCAUCAAAGUUCAGCUUCAUCAAAAUUGAUUAUGAUUGAUUUAAGAUGAGUUCUCUUUAUCUUUUCAUGUUUUCCUAUCCCAUUUUUUUCACAAAAUCCAUGAUUCAGAAAAAGAAUUACUUUCCGUGGAAUUCUUUUCCAUUUCCCUACUACUUUCCUUUGUUUACCAAACAAGAGAAAGGAGUAGGUUUCUACAAGGAAUUCACUUUCCAUUUCCUCACUGGUUUCUUGGAACCAAACAGGGCCUUAGUUCUUGGUGGCAUUUGGGGAAAAAGUAAGUAGCGUUAGUGCUUGAUAAUGCAUGGUGCAGGAUCAAAGUCUUUUAUUGUUUGAAUGGUGCAUACGUGUUGUGGGCUUUUUAUUUGGCUACUAGUUUUACUUGGUAGUCAUGACCACUUGCUGCAAAUUAUCCAUAUAUUUGUGCUUCCGAAUCUGUAAUUCCUCGGGUGGUCGACUGAAUGGCGGCAUGCAGGACACAGAUUCUGUUUCUGUGUUUCAUAAUAAUAUUUAAACUGCUUAUGUUUGCAGUGAAUGUGUUCAAUUAAUUCAUUUAUUCUUCACUUUAUUAUUAUAUUAGUAUAUUACCUCGCAUUGCUCCAAUGUUUCCCACCCUAAAUCCAGUAUGUGCUUGUAUCUGGCACUUGCUUAUCUUUAGAACUUGACGAUGAUGAUUAGACUUGUGAUUUUGGUGGCUACAUGUGUUUCUUUAUUGAUUGAACUAGACAACUACUUCUAGAAUGGGUAAGUGAAUUGAUUAGAUAUUGGAGUUUUGUUAACUGUAAGUGAGGACACUAUGAUCCAAGGACUUACAGAAUAUGAAAAAGCAGUAGUAGUUUUUCACACCCAAGUUUUAAUGUGGAAAAAUAUUGUCUUGUGAACCCAUCUUAAGGAAGGUUCUGAUUAUCCCGUGGAACAAUUAUGAUUAGUUUUUGAUACUGGUGGGAUUUAACUAAUUGCUUUUCAACUAUUGAUGCAAAGUAAGAUGACUAACAAACACACCCUACUUGACAUGGCCAUCUAAUUGAUACAUGCAAAGAAACUAGUAUACAAUGAGCUUAACUUUUCCUUAAUCUUCUUCUUCUUCCUAUUUUUGUUUAUUUGCCCUUAUGAUGUUGUAUUGACAAUCUUAUUAUAGAUAAACUUUGAGGGCGCAUAAUUAUACUUCCAUUGGAGAUACUUUAAAAUCAGAAUGAAUAACUUACAUCCAGAGAUGAAGGUUAAGAGAAUAGUUUGGAAAAGCAGCAGCAGGGAAAGAUUUGCGAAUGAAGUUAAUGAUGACCAUGAUAGUUCUUCAAGAACAUCUCAGGAUGAUGCGAAAAAGAGCCACUGUUGUGAUCGUUCACCUCUUACUGCAGUCCCUAGCACUCGGGAUUCUGAUGAACCUGAAAAUCAUGAUGCAUCAAUGAACUUCCAAUAUGAUCUGCAGAACCAGCUUCUUUGUGAUCCUCAGACAUCCAUGUUACAAACAAACAAUUCACUGUAUGGACCUUGUAUGAUGCCCCUUCUUCCCAUUCCCAAUAUGCAAGAACGUAGCUCAGAUUUGCGUGUCAUCUUGAAUGGAGCAGCAAAUAGAGGAGGAAUUGGGCCACCCGUAGGAGCUGUAGAUAUUGGUGUUAGCAAGUCAGCAUAUUACUUUUGUGUCGCCCUACCUGGAGUAAAGAAAGAUCCUGGUGAAUUUAUCUGUGAGGUCGAACACGAUGGAAAUGUUCAUGUGCGAGGGGUGACAACAACUGGUGCAAGAACUGUUUCGAGGAAUUCUCGAGUCUAUGGAAUGAAGUUUCAGCAACAAUGCCCCCCUGGACCCUUUACUCUUUCCUUCAGUCUUCCAGGACCAGUUGAUCCGCGACUUUUUUCUCCCAACUUUAGAUCUGACGGCAUUUUUGAAGGUGUCGUAGUAAAAAGUGAAAGAGACUUUAGUAUGAACAAGUAGGAACAAUCUUGUCCACCAAGAGAAGUAGAGCAAUGGCUUUCGCCCUUUCUUAUUUUGUUCUGUUUUUUGUGCUCAAGCACUUUCUGAAGAGCGAUCCCACAAAGUUCUUUUGAAAAGAAAACACAACGAACUUGUGCAAA